GCAGUGGCUUUACCAUGGCGGAAUUUAUUUCUUUCGUGGUUCCCACCCAGAGUGACAAAGUUUUGCUGGUGUGGGAGCUGAGCGCUGGUCCCCCAGCCGAGGCCUUAAGACAUUCUCUGUCCACAGCCUUCUCCCAGUUUGGCCUCCUGUAUUCAGUCCGAGUCUUCCCCAACGCUGCAGUGGCCCGCCCCGGUUUCUACGCCAUCAUCAAGUUUUACUCCUCAAGGGACGCGCAGAGAGCCCAAAAGGCAUGCGACGGGAAGCCUCUUUUUCAGACAUCGCCAGUGAAGGUUCGCCUCAGCACUAGACAUAAGGCCCCGAGACAUCAGGCCUUUGCCCUAAACAGCUCACGAUGCCAAGAACUGGCAAAUUACUACUUUGGCUUCAAUGGAUGGUCAAAAAGGAUCCUCAAGCUGCAGGAGCUCUCCGGAGUAGAGGACGAGGCUCUGUCAGGGCCCGUGCGGAAGCCAAGCCUCAAGUUCUUCUGUGCUGUGGAGGUGGUGCUGCCGUCCUAUGGAUGCAGGAGCCCUGGAGUUGGCAUCGCCGAGGAGCCUCUGCACCAGCUGGAAGAAGGACAGCCAUCGUUUCUUAUGAAGAGGAAGAAAGCUCAGAAGCUCGCGAUCCAGAGCGCUUUGUCGGAUGCCUUCCAGAAGCUGGCCAUCGUGGCUUUAGAAAGUGGCAAGGUCGCGGUGGAGUACAUUCCCAGUGAAGAGUCCAUAGAUGCCGGAAGUGAAGAAGAGCUACAGAGUCUAAUCCAGGUCAGCUCCUUUCCGUGGAAUCAGCCCGGCCAGAGGGAGGAGGAGUGUCUCUCCGAUUUCAGCUUGGAGGAGGAAGAACCGGAGCUGUAAGAACUGCACCAGCCCUGUGUGGAGUCGAGGCCUGGCCAUCUCACUCUCUUGGGAGGUUCUACAUUUCUGAUUGGUGGGCUGCUGACAUCCCUCAACACCUAAGUGUGAGGCCCAGAUCUUGCCCAGCGCCUUGGAAGAGGUCUAAGAGAGAGAGACCUGUCACUGUGAUGGGAAAAGGUUCCCUGUGCAGAAUGGAACUGGGCCCAGAGUAAUAAAGGCCGCCUAACAAAGGUGUCUUGCUGUGUUAGUGUAUGGCUUGGGUCCCUGGCUUCAGGCACUUCUCUGUGACUUAGAUCCACCUGAGGCUGUCUUUGAAGGGACAGUCUAACCCACUUUCUCCUGUGGGCCCCAAGGAUCUGAUCCUCUUUAUGUAGCAAUUAUUUUGCCUCCUGGCCCAGGUAGUUCUCCCAGAGCCUUGAGGACAGCCGACUCCUGGUUUUGUAUUCCUUUGGAAUUGCCCCUGUAGCCUACAGCCCAGAUGGCACCUGGCCAUUUUGUUUUUUAUUCUGUGCGUGUGUGUGUGUGUGUGUGUGUGUGUG